UCGCCUGUUCGUCUUGUUUUCAUGAAAUGAACGGACGUAAGAGCAGUUAGCUGCCCACUGCACUGCUCUGUCACUACAAGUAGGCUACUUCCCUUCGGAAACAACAGAAGACACUUAAAUGUUUGCCAAAAGGAAAACUGAAACAUUUUUGGGACCUGGAUGAUUUUUUUGAAGAACAUUGGGCAGUUUAACUGCUCAGGACAAACAAGGGACUCAUGAACAACCAUCACAAAACAAAAAAACAGUCGUAGAUCAUCCAGGAGAGGAUAACCUCCUGCCCAGCCCUGCAACAUCAUGGAUGCCUGUGCACGGAUCAGAGGGGUCCCUUUAAAGAGCCGUGCCACUAUGAAGAAAGAGACCAUCCGUGAGGGCUCAAACCCGUGCCUGAAGAGUCUGUUGAAACACAAGAAGGAGCUGUGCAAUGUGGUAGUGGAGCUGCAUAAUAAAGAACCACAGUGUUUAUCAGAAGUACAUUAUGUAUGCUUACCUAGUCAUGCUGAGGGGGAGGAUUUCACUCUACAGGCUCUGACGUCCCUCUCCACUGAGAUGAUGGAGUUGCUUAGAUCACUACGUGUUCAUACUCUUAAAGAUGAAGAGAUUCUGCUCCUCAAAGACCCCAAAAGACCAUUUGAGAGGAAAGACAGUGUUUCUCAGGCCUGUUCAAGAGCCUUGUGUAUAUUGAGACAUAGCCCCACUCCUCAGAUUAGUGUUUGCACCAUGCUGGGGUUGUUGGCUCGAUACACAGCUGGGAUAAGGUAUGCCCUGGAGUUACAGGUUCUGCAGAGAGGCACUUCAGAAGCAUGUCAAGCUGAGGAUGAUGACACAAAUCAGUCUGUCUCUUCUAUUGAAGAGGACUUUGUUACUGCUUUUGAACAUCUUGAAGAGGAGGACACAGGUGCCCAUAGUCAGAGGAACCAAAGGGACGUGGCAUCCCAGACAGUCCCUUACACUCAUUUAAAAGACUUAACUGGAUCUCGUAUUAUUAUAAGUUCUAUACCUAGGAAGUCAGUGCGCAAAGGAAAGGCUGCUGCAAAAGUGUCAGAAACUGUCCUAAAGUCAACAGCGUGGCCCGAAAUUUCAGAAAUCCCAUAUGGACUUAGCAGUCUGCCAAAGGGACGUGCUACUUCACUCACGGAGUCAGAUGAAUCAGACUGCUCAAGUCCCAGUCCUAUUAUAUUCCUGGAUGAAGUUGGAUAUCAGAAGAGUCUUAAAGCAAAACUUGACAUUCCCAAGAUCCCCAUUCUAAAGGAUGGAGUAGAAGACUCUGACUCAGAAGUCAGUGAAUUUUUCGACAGCUUUGAUCAGUUUGAUGAACUAGACCAGUCCUCUGAUUCCAACAUCAAGGUCCUUAAAGAACAGCCCCUCCCUGGUCAAACAGAGAAGUAUGUUGACAGCUCUGGAUGUAAAUUUGUAUCAAGGGGGUGCUCGACCACAGCAAUGAAUCCUCACAAGUUUGAUCAUAGGACUCUUCCAGCCAAUGUCAAGAAACCAACUCCACUUAAACCAGGAUCACCGUACAGUAUUCACUCUGAUGCACCAGAUUCCCCACGGCCAGCGAGGACUCCCUGCGAGGAAGGUGGGCCGCUCUUCAGUCCAGUUCGUUCAUCUGCAUUUAGCCCACUGGGAGAAGGAGGGUCCUUAGAGUAUUUUUGGAAGGCAGAUGGUGAUGGCUCAGAAUUACGUAAACCACAGGACCUUUGCUCACUGUACAAAACAUACUCUGAUUUUGCCAACAGCCUGUCAAAAGAAAUUCUUGGAUCGGUCUGUGGGUACUCCUCCCCUGUUGAUUUUAACAUUAAUAAGAACUUGAGCUGUGUGUGUCAUAAGGAGUUCAAAAACACUAAUGGGCAUCUAAUGAAGCUCUCAGACAUCCAGGAGACAGUCACCAUCACUAAAUCCCAAUCACAGACUCUUAAGGAUGGGAUUCAGAAGUUUGCUACAGACUUAGUCGAAAUGAGCCUUGGAAGUGCCUUAAGGGACUUGCAGAAAGGUGUGUCCUCCUGUACCACUACACUUUGCCAUUUGGCUGCAAGGCUGACAUCUUCAGUAUUUCAAAUGGCCUUUCAUGAGAUAGGUAUGCGCCAUGCAUACGUGUUAAAAGAGCGUGCCAUAAAUGGUCUGGCCGGGUUCUUAGUAGGAGAAGCCAUUUCUGGAGCCCUCAAAGAGUUUCUGUUUGUGAAAAAGCAGAUUUUCAACAACACUGUCACACGAUUUGCUGCAGAUCUUGCUGAGGAAUUAGUGUUUGAAGGAAUUAUGGAGGUUUGCCAGUUUUCACAUCCCUCAACGCCACUCACACCAGGUGACUGGUCGUUUGAGCAAGACGAGGAAGUGGUUUCAUCCUAUGCCUCUGAUCUGUCGGAGUCCGUUCUCCAAGAGGCUUUUAUAGAGCUCUCACAAGCUGAUGUGACAUUCACUACCCAGGCAGCUAUCAGUGUGUCAGUAGACAAUAUUUGCUAUGUGAGUGCUGAAGAUAGUUCUCUCAUCACAAAAACCUGCAGUGCCCAAACAAGCUAUCUUGGAUCUCAGGCCGUCACAGAGGCUGCAAAUCAAGAGCCUGAUCCUGGUUGCACAGUGAAGAAAGCCUUGUAUUGCGUGUCAGGUAUCGCCAGUUGUGUUCCAGUUCCUGUGGCUGGCAAGGUCAUAUCCCAUGUACAGAACUCAGAUGAACCUUCUCAGUAUAAACCCAGUAUUGGUCACGUGUGUCAGACCAGCCCUAAAAGAACCAUUUGUUGCCAAGGGGAAGUUGCAUCAUCAACCUCAGAUACGUCUGCAGCAACUCAGACUGAAUCAUCACCUGGUCCCGCAAGAAUCCAGGAUGCCAGUGGUGAGGAAAUUGUCGACGGCAUGUCCACUGAAAGUGAUUCUGGUAAGCCCUCGAUUGGAAAGACUUUUCAAAACUUUUCUGGAAAUAUGGUGGACACUAUAGUAGGUGAGGCAUUCGAUCUAAUGCAUUCUUCUACAAAAGUAAAGAAAAAAGUAGAGGACUGUGCAGACUUUUUGAGCAAAACAAUAGCAGCUCGCAUAUCCACUCCAAGCCAUGGAAUUGUUAAAUCACAUGUGUCGACUCAGAGAGGUUCCUCUCAGAUUCCCUUUCACUUGGUGCCAAAGGGUUCUAGUGACCCAUCCUCCAGAAGUGUAUGUCCAGUAUCCAAGCUCACCCCAGAGGUCCGUUCUGUCGUGAGAAGGGACACGCUGGAAGUACCCAGUUUUGAAGUUGCCUCCUGUGGCGGUAGAAAAGUAGGUGCAGAAGAUUUUUCAAGCAGCAACUCUGGAACGAAAUCAGUUGAAAUUCCUAGCACUCCACCCUCAAGUCCUCAGCAGCCAUCGGAACAGUACAGUGAGAAACAGAUCAGACAGUUCUCAAAGAAGCUCAAAGGUACGCUUGCAAAAGAAUUUUCUCCUGCGACUCCUCCACCCACCCCUUAUUACCCGCCUGCCACCGACACCAAAGAAGCUGGUUCAGUUUCAGACAAGGCUGAUUUCAUGCUGAAACUCAUUAGGUCUCUCUCUGAAGAAGCUGGCAGCAAUGAAGACGAGGAGGAGAACCAGAAAGAUGGUCCACACACUAGAAACUGCCAGUCAGAGCUGAGUCCCAAUGUCAGGAGCAGAAUGUUCGAGAGGAGUGCGCUCCAUUAUGCAGAGCGUUUAGCGUGCCACAUUGUUUCCAUGGCAACUGAGAUGGACACACUAAGUCUUGGAGAUGUGAAGAAGCCUAUGGGUGACGAGAGCAAAGGCAGUGUUGCCUUGCAUAGUGCACAGUUUUCUGAACAGACUUUGAAUUCUUUGUGGACAUAUGCUGGAGAAGUGGCUGGAGAAGUCAUCAACGAUGUCAAGAGGAUGAUGAGUUCAACCCACUGUCGUCACAAAACGAUAAAAAGAGGAUCUGUAAACUCUACUGACAAGUGUCAGAGUGGAGAUGGCCUUUUGGGAAGUUUGACUUGUCAAUUGUCUGGUGACGUCCAAGCAAGUGGAAUGUCAUCAGAGUAUCCAAGUUGUGAAAGUGUCACUGAUGAAUAUGCAGGAUACCUCAUUAAGGUUCUCAAGAAAGAGGGAGGUAACCGAGAGCUUAUAUUGGAUCAGUAUGCCACUCGUUUGGCAUAUCGAUCUAUUAAAUCUGGCCUGGCUCAUGCGGCAAGAAAAAUAAAGCAGAGAUCUCCUUUGAGGCUACACUCCUCUAGGCGUUUACACAAUGAUCGUAGUCCUGAUGUCUCUCAAAUUCCCAUAUCCAAGUCAACCCACACUGCACUUACUGAUGGAAAAGAUGGAUCCUCUUGUGAAUCUCUGCCAUGUGCUUGUCAAGACAGUCAAGACAUGAGCAGUAACGAAUAUGUAGAACUUGUGAACUUUGCUGAGUCGCUCGCCUACAACAUCACAUGUGACGUUACGAGAAAGUUGAGAAUGUCAUCAGUUCGACUGCCUAAAUCGCUCACUGAUUCUUGCCUCUACAGGAAAUCCAGUGUCGAGGACAUGCGCGAAAAUCUCAUCAAAAAUACAUUUUCAUGCUCUCUUUUAACUUAUACAGAAACUAACAGGCUGUAUCAUAGUACGAGCAGCUUGAAUGAUAGCAAAAGCAACAGCAGUGUAAUGCAAGUGAUUGAACAUUAUGCCAGGAAAAUUGUCGAUGACACUUUGGAAAUGACGCUGGGGCCAGCAUGUGUUCAGGCAGCUGGGGACAGGAGGGCACUCGAACCUAAUUCCUUCACAGAAAAGCUGGCUGAGGCAUAUGAAACCUGCCGAUACUGCCAAGGUCGAGAAUGCCUGUUUUGCAGUAGAGAUGGUCGUCGUGGUUUCCAGGGACUGAAAAGAAGGCAACAAGAAUCCGAUGCAGUGACUGGACUGGAAAUUCCUAGAAUUCACAUUGAUUUGGAGAAGAGAGCUACUUUUGCUGAAGAAAUGGUGUCCAGUGUCAUUGAAAAAGCCAAAAAAGAGCUGAGCUGCACCAGCUUGAAUGCAGACAGUGGGAUUGGUCAUGAUGGCGCAAGCUUUGCAGAAAGUCUUACCACAGAGAUUAUGACAUCUGCAUUGUCCAACGUCUGCCAAACCGUCAAUUUCGGUACUCCUAGAAGGGAUGGCGUCAAUGUGACGGAGUCAACAGUGAGUCAACAGCUUAGUUUGAGUGUUGGUGAUGACAGUCUUGGAAGCUGGUCCAAUCUGAGUUUUGAAGAAGACCACCCAGAUGAGAGCAGCAGCUUUCACCAUCUAAGUGACAGCAGUAAUGGAAACAGCAGUAGCUGGAGCAGUCUGGGUUUAGAAGGCGAGGUUUAUGAAGAACAUUUGUCCUUCUCUCCAUCAGACAGUGACUGUGCUGAAGAGAAGGAAGCUGAGGCCAAAGAGGAUUCAGGCGGAGCGGUGCGAGUGGAGAGGGAACAUGGGCAGGCAGAAAGAGCUCUUUUGGUGGUCAGUACCGAUGUCCAGGGUGGGGCUAUGGACCCCCAGCUGACGGCUGUGCUCCAGUGGAUCGCCGCCUCUAUUGCUGAUCUGUCUUUAAUGCAGCUUAGCCAUUUCUCAGGCCAGGAGCUCCAGCAGCUGCCGGCCGUGGCCCAGAGGCUGAGGGAGAGAGAGUUCAGGGUCGCCGACCUCCUGCAGGCUCUGCUGAGAUACUUUGAAGAGUGUCGCACCGAGGUAGAGCCCGAGGCUGGCAACACAAGGCGCAGCCACAAGAGCCUCUUCCAGUGGCUCCUAGAACAAGCGUAAAUCACCAUCACACACUGACAGCCGUCAGCCAUUAAAGAUGAAGUUUCCUGUCACUUUACAGUGAUCUGCAAUGUAUCUGCCAAACUUAGAGGCAUAGCCAGUGGAAUGUGUUUGUGUUGUGUAUUGCUUGUGCACCAGUGGCCACCCAGGGGGCGCCAUAGAAACAACUGAAGUAAUCUAAGAGCCGUUCGUUCAAGUGUGUGUGUGUGUGUGUGUGUGUGUUGCAUGCCGUGACCGAGAGUCCCUUUUGCUUGCUUUCACCUCUCUUUUUAUAGUCACGUUGUUUUCUUUAAGAUUAGACUGCAUAUCACACGUUUGGCGCGCAAUCACUGAGUUUUGCUUACACACCCUGCCACAACACAAAAAAUGGAUGGGUUUUAUGAGUUGAUUUCUUGUUAGGGGAUCCCCAUGGCUGCAGGAAAGCUUAUGUCAUUUCCACACCUCUCCUUUACGGUGAUGUUUGCACUUGUUGAAGGGACCAGCCAUGCGAUCCAGUAGAGCUUCAGGUCACCGGAAGGUAUUCCAUGACUCAUAACUCAAAAGAGAAUCACAGUCUAAGGUAAUCAUAACAAUUACCUAAUUAUAUUUACCCUGUAUAGCACAUUUGUUGGCAACAACACUUACCAGUCAUAACAGUCUAAAAAUAUAAUUUCGUUGGUAAUUAGACAUUAGAUAGUUUCUGUUGAAUGAAUCCAUCAAUAAGUAGUCACUUUUACAUUCCAGUGUUGUGACUCAGACAUUUUUCCAAUUAUUUCUGGAUGAUAAAAAUCCUUUAGCUAUGUACAUUCAUAAUGGUUUAAAAUGAAUAGGUAUACCUGUAAAUAUGCUUUUCUAGAAGAUAAAAUUGAACUGAAUUGUUUACACCAGAGGCUGUAAUUAAGACUCCACGUGAUCCAAUGCCCAUAAAGAAUCGAAAAUGUUUUAGAUCACUAAAUAGUGGAGGGAUUUGUGUUGCCAACUUACAGAAAAACACAAAUACACUUUUAAGCCUACUUUAAAAAGCUGCUAAAAAAGUAAACCCCCUUUGCCAAAAGAGGAAACUCGCGGUAAGCUUUUAAAAUUAUUGAACGUUCUCUACAGGGGACUUUUCUCUAAUUUCCUCCUGGCGUUGUCCACUCAUUGGAGGUUACUGUGACGCACUGGUAGUGCAUUACUAAAUGAGGACACAUCUGCAGUGAGUAUAUCGGAACUAGUCACCUCCUCUACGUGGACCUUCUUACUCACUGCCUGCCCUUUAGUGUGCACUUCACCGAAUAUUGCACUUUACUGAGGAACGGUCAGACAGGCCUUUCCCUAUAUCUUUAUUUAGACCUCAAAAAAACAAUCUUUAUUAUAGUAAUGCAUAAACGAUAGAUUGCCAACCGUUAGUAGGUGUUUGGCACGUGUAACUUAUUAUGCCUCAAGGGACCUGUAUGAAAAAUAUUUUCACUCUGCAGUUUUGUGCUUAAAGGAAAACUUGUCAUUUUCUACUCAUUCUCAUGUCAGUCUAAAUCUAUAUGUUGCUUCUUUUUCUUUUUUCUUUUUGGAACACAUACAUUUUGAAAGAAUCUUACCACAACUAUUUGCAUACAAACUGCCAAGCUCCAAAAAGGCCAAUAAAAAAAAAAAACACACGACUUGUGAGCAGUAUUCUUAAUAUUAAAGCCUUUGUACAACAGUAUCUAUCCCACAUUUGCGUCCAAGAUUUAAAAAAAUUGUGUAUUAUGUUCAGUUAUUACACAAUCACAAGAUCAUUUUUGAAUGCAUGAAAUGUAGAUGAGCUUUAGCAGAGUGGAUGAUACAUGUGAUAUAUUGUUUAAAAAAAAAAAAAAAAAAAAAAUCAUACGGCUUCAGAAAUCUUGGAAUAUACCGCACACGUUUAUUUUGUUAGUUUUUUGGUCAAUAUGAACUAAUUUUGUAUAGUAUAGAGAGAUAUUGAGAUUCUUCAAAAAAAUUCUGCUUUUGCGUUCCACUGAAAAAUAAAACAUCAUAUGGAUUUGGUACGGAACCCCGCACAUGACAUGCUGGAAAAAAUAUGUAUAUUGUGGCCAACGAUUCGUUCCCACAACUUACUAAUAAUACGUCAGCACGUUUAACUAAUUCGUUCCCUUGUUUUAAGUAAAUCGUGUGAACGAUAUAAUAAUUUUCUCCCUGGAUUUACUCAAUCAUAGUCACGUUGUAAUAAUUUGUUCCCUUGUUUUAGAUAAAUCCAAACAAAGGAACAAAUUAGUUCAACGUGGCACCUAUGGCCUAGUGGUUGGUGCUCUGACACAUAGCGCAACUGCGCUUCCGGCGACCGGUGUUCGAAUCCCGACUCUUAAGUCCUUUGCCGAUCCCAUUCCCCUCUCGCCACUUUAUACUUUCCUGUCAAUCUCUACUGUCCUGUCCAUUUACAAGCACAAAAAGGCCCCCAUAAAAUUUAAAAUAAAUAAAUUGUGGGAACAAGUUCUUAAUUCAUGGCCAUGAUUUAACUAAAAGCAAAAUAUUUAAUCGUGGCCACAAUAUAAAUAUAUAUAUAUAUAUAUAUAUAUAUAUAUAUAUAUAUAUAUAUAUAUAUAUAAUUUUUUUUUUUUUUUUUUUUGUCCACAUCAUGUGCGGGGCUCCGACAAUUUGCUUGAGUAAAUAAUGACAGAAGUUUGGGUGACCUGUUCCUUUCAGUUUUAUUAACAUGAUCCUUCUUAGAUUUGUCUUCUCAGAUACUGUUACAGUGUGAUUUGAUGAUUAGAGAAACAAUAUGGAGGCAAUCAAAGUUGUAACGGUCGUUGUUUCUUUCAUGUCUUUGCCCUGUAACACGCAUGAUGCGCUUUCAGUCCAUGCUUCAUGUAUCUCUCUUUACGUGUGCAUGAUAUACUCUUCAGUGCUGAUUCAUUAUCUUGUGCAUGGUUUAAAUCUGGCUGACACCAUAUAUGGUCACUACCUACUAUGAUGAGAAAAAAAAAAAAAAAAAAUGCAUUUCUGUAUUCAUGCUGUUAUAACAUCAGCGCUGCCAAAUAUUUUUGGAUCUGCACUUACACAGUAUUUGUUCACAUUCUUUUAAAAUGUUUUUUUAAAAAACCUGCCAUAUGCUGUUGAGUUGGACAUUUUCGUAUGAUAGCAGUAUCACUUAAACCAUAAUGUGGGAGAGGCAAAAGAAGUUAAGUAUUGUAUACGGAUAUUGAAGCUUGAGUAGAUUUGAAAAGAAGUUGGCAGAAGUACGCCGUGACCAUCAGCGCUGCCUCAUUUUUAGUGGGAUUGUACAUGCAUCCGUGUUCUUGCAGUAAUUGUAAACAUUAAUGCUGUAAAUGUUCUGCUCUUGUGUUCUUAUUCACCUUAUUUUUGUGUACAUUCCUAUCUUUCACAAAUGACCUGUUGCUAUUUUGUUAUGUAAGGCUACAUGUAUAAUGCAAAGUACACGCCAUACUAAACAGAUGAAUAUUUUGUUACUUGUGCAGUGUUUCUCCAUUCUGUCUCAUAGUGUAGUGGGCAAAUGAUACACACUGACUUCUCUAUUUUCUUCCUGCCCAUUUGUAUAAUCUUGCCAAAUAAGAUAUUUAAUAAUUUAUGUAAGUAUAAGUUGCAAUGGUGAAUACACUACUUGUCCCCCCAGUGAAGUUGCUGAGUAGUUUACACAUUAAAGCUUAAUGCACUACACCUGUACACUGUAAAAAGCUGUGGGUAAUAAAGCUUUUCCAUUUGAA